GCUCGGUUCCGCCGCGAAACCGAGCAUGGAGCGACCCGAAGCGGAGGAUCCCGAGUCCGGCGGCGCGGUUCCGCCGGGGGCUCGCCUGCUCCUGUCCUUCAAGGAGUUUCUGAGCUCCCGCAAAGGGAGGCUCCUGCUGGCCGAGGCGGUGCUGUCGUUCAUCAUCUUCAUCUGUUAUAUUGCCUCAUCUGCUGGGUCUUUCCUGAUUGUACCACUAUUAACACUUCUGGCGGCCCUGUGUUUUUUCUUUGCCUAUUCUUUAAAGCUUAAUGAGAGGUUCAAAGCAGUCUACUGGCUUUUGGCGGAUUUUUUAUGUGGCAUCAUUGCUGCUAUUAUAUAUUUUGCCAUCUCGAUUGCCGCAGUCUCAAAAUAUUCUGACACAGCAUCCAAGGCAGCAGGAGUGCUUGGAUUCAUUGCCACAGUUGUCUAUUGUGUUUACGUCUACCUAACCUUUAAUGACCUGAUGACAUAUCUCAAGCAAGGAGAUUCUUCAGAUGCUCCUGAGCCACGUAAAUCAGAAGAUGAUGACUCGGAUUCAGAUUCCGACUGAAGCACCAGUGCCUUGAGAAGAUUGCAGAGCCAAAGGGGAGGACAAUGGACACACUCUUCUUUUAGCAAUUGUAACCUUUUUAUGAACUUUUAUUUCCAUUGUACAGAUCAUCACCAAAGCCACUGCUGAGGAUAUGCUAGUCUCAUGAAAGACUUCCUCAGAAAAACUGCUGUUUGAGCCUGGGUAUAUUUUUCUGUCUUUUCUCAUUCAGCACUACAAUGUACUGUUCAGUAAAUUUUCUUAACCUUUUUUUAAAAACAGACUAUAAUCAGGGUUGCGUACAUUGAUGAUUGCAUCA